GAUAUUGUAGACAUAACAUAAUAAAGUAACUUGACUAUUAUUAAGAAGAUGGUGAAUAUAACAAAUGUGAGCGAGUAUGAAGCAAUUGCAAAGGAAAAGUUGCCAAAGAUGAUUUAUGAUUACUUUGCGUCAGGGGCAGAGGAUGAGUGGACUUUGAAAGAGAAUCGGAAUGCAUUCUCAAGGAUUAUGUUCAGGCCACGUAUUCUUAUCGAUGUAAGCAAGAUAGAUUUGACAACAACUGUCUUAGGCUUCAAAAUAUCAAUGCCUAUCAUGAUUGCUCCUACAGCCGCGCAAAAGAUGGCUCACCCUGAAGGAGAAUACGCUACUGCUAGAGCAGCAUCAGCAGCUGGCACCAUCAUGACACUAUCCUCAUGGGCUACUUCCAGCAUUGAGGAGAUUGUUUCAACAGGACCUGGCAUUCGCUUCCUCCAACUCUAUCUGCUUAAAGACCGAAAUAUGGUUACUCAGCUUGUGAGAAGAGCUGAAAAGGCUGGUUUCAAGGCAAUUCUCCUUACUGCAGACUCUCCGGUCAUUGGUCGUAGAGAGGCUGACAUAAAAAAUAGAUUUAUACUGCCAUCAUAUCUGAGAAUGAAGAACUUUGAAGUCAUGGAUCUUGAAAAGUUGUAUAAGAUUAAAGACAAUGGUGGUCUCAUCUCUGUGACUAAUGGUCUAUAUGACCAAUCACUCACCUGGAAGGAUGUAAAAUGGCUUCAAACAAUCACCCCAUUGCCCAUUUUAGUGAAGGGAGUACUUACGGCUCAAGAUGGUAAACUUAUCAAAGAGAUACGUUCUAUAGAACCUAAUGGGCUCCUAAUAACAUGGGCAAUGAAAGAAGAUACAAGCUUACAAAAAGCUAAAAUCUUUGCUUGA